AUGCUACUGAGACGUAUCUCAGGUUUCUAUAAAAUCCCACCGGCCCCAUCUCACGAGAGCCUCAUUCUCACUCAAGCAACUUCAAGCAUCACCCACUCAUCCCAAAGCGCGUUCACAAAAGUCACUCUUUUUUUUCUUUCGCCAGAUUGUUUGCACUUUGCAGUUCCAAGAUGCAGCUCACCUUUGCUCUCCCCGCCCUCCUCGCCGCGCGCUUCGUCGCGGCGAUUGACUUCACGGACUACGACCCGCAGCCCGGCGUGCAACCCGACUUCAAAGCCUUCCUCAACGCUCUCGUGACUCCUGCAGAAGAUCCCACCGCAACGACGGCGUACACCGACUUCUUCACUGCGGACGGCAUGCAGACGACGCUAAGCAUCCACUGCGUCGGUGCGGAUGCCAUUACCAAGUGCAAGCAGCGGUUCUUGCCUACCGAUGGUAGCAUGUCUCUUACUCACUUUCCCAACACGACGUUCAUCGCGGAUAACAAUGCAACGGCGACUGUCUAUGAGGCUCACGGACGUAUUGAGAAUAACUUCAAGGCGGGUAACUGCUCGCAGAUUUACUACAAGACGCAGUAUACGGUCCUUAAGACUACCGAAGGCGUGGAUGCGGCGCCGAAUCUGUCUACGAAGCCUGAGCACCAGGUGUACUGGUACCAUGACUACUUUGUCAACCCGACGGGAGUGCCCUCCAACAUCCCUUGCGAUAGCUUGAAGGCGUGAUCAUGAGGGGUUUCUUCAUUUUGUAGCACAAUAGCAUAGCGUAAUGUCAUGUGCAUGUUUGAAUAAGUUAAAUACAUUAUAAGCCACUCUGUGUGAUUACUUGUAAAUUGUGCGUUGCCGUUGGCAAAAGGUAUAUUUUAAGCUGGUUCUGCGGAUACAAUGAGGCUCUUCAUUCGGGACUACGAUCGAACUCACUUAGAACUCCCGCCUUAUCAGAGUGAUCUACAAUUAUGAUGCAAGACUUACUAGGCCUCCACUCGGUCUUCACA